UACAUACACUCACGUCCUCUCACAUCCACUGUACCGGAGCCGCUGCUCAAAUAGCGCAUGUGUGAUACGGAAAGAGAACCUAAAAUGGCUGAGGGAGUGGGCUUGGUGUCAGACAGCCAAGCUUCACCCUCUGCUAGCUCCCCAAAGAUGACUGAACUGACCCAGGGAGAAGAAGAAGGGUACUCAGGGCCUGCUCUGACCCCGAACAGGUCUACUUCGUUUCUUCGCCGACCUUUCUGUCUGCUCCUGAUGCUCAUCUUGCUGGUUUUAUCUUUCCUUGGCAGCUGGGCAGUGGUGCAUCUCAGCCUGGGAGCUCGAGGAACACCGUUCAGGAUCUCAUCCGGUUACGACCAACCUGGAGAGCUAGAGACGGCGACUUACGACCCGCUCUUCAUCACCAACUGCACCAUGGAGACCUUUCGAAACGUGACCUUUGAAGGUCGCUACCACUGCAGGCAGGGUCAGGAGAUUAGUCUGGAGCGCCUGUGUGACUUCACUCCUGAUUGUGCUCAAGGAGACGAUGAAGGAGAGCCAUGCCGUCAGUUCCUUAACGGAAGCUACUGCUCUUUUGAAGAGGAUGACUGUGGGUGGCAGAUGGUCUCAAGCAAAAGUCUGUACAAAGGAGUCCAUCUUUCUCUGCCCAAAAGACUUGCAAACACCUGUCCAUCCUCGGGUUCUGUUUUGGCUCUGGAAAGUCAAUCCAAAGGCCAACGGGGGUCAGUAGUUGUACGGAGUCCACUGUUCCUCUACCCUCUGCGCAACGCUCCGUGCAUGGUACGGUUCCAGGUAUGUGGAAGCCCAAACAGUCUUCUUUCUCUCUGGAUCAUUGAAAACAGCACAGGACCUGAGGGCCAAAGAAGUCUAUGGAACUCCAGCAGUGAGACCAAAAUGGACAAUGGAUGGCGACUUGUCACUUUCCCACUGUUCGGAUUAGUUGACUCGUUCUACCUCCAGUUCACAGCAGAGAGUUCUUCUGGUUCUGAAGCGACGUUUGCUGUGGAUAACUUCACUCUGACUAUGAACUGUUUCCUUGAAACUAAUGGAGAAUUCCCACCAGUGGCUCCUACAAGUGUAACACCGGCGCACUUCAGACCGACACAGCACGUUACGCCCAUGGCACCAUUAGAUGAAGCCAAGUGGUUUUUCCACACCUGUGGGGCUACAGGGCCGACUGGUCCUACUCCCACUCAGUGUAGCAGUUCCUACCAGAAGAGCAAUGUGAACGUGACUGUAGGAAUAAAGGGAGCACUCAAGGGCAUCCAGAUGUGGAGGGUUCCUGAAACAGGAUUAUACAGGAUCAUGGCUUAUGGUGCAGCAGGUGGACGCAGUGUUCUCAAUAUGUUCAGAUCACAUGGAAUCUGUAUCGCUGGAGAUUUUAAGCUGCAAAAAGAUGAGGUGCUGUACAUUCUGGUGGGACAGCAGGGAGAAGAUGCCUGUUCGAAGCCUGAGGAGCCGCUGCAGAAGAUCUGCCUUGAGCAGAAAGGGCCUCCAGACAGCAAGAGCACGUUGAAGGGAGGAGGUGGAGGAGGAGGGGGUGCGACCUACAUCUUCAAGGUGGAGAAGGGAGUUUAUAUCCCUCUGCUAAUUGCUGCCGGAGGUGGGGGUCGAGGCUACAACGGCCACUCAGAGAGCCAGAUGGAGCUUGUGGACGAUAAUUUCAGUAUUCCCGGCCUCAAUGGCAUGUCAGGAACUGCAGGUGGUGGUGGAGGUUGGAAUGAUACUGCUCCUGUGCCUCAAGGUGGGAAACCCCUCAAUUUAGGAGGUCAGGGAGGAGAUCCGUGCCGUACGAUGGGCUGGAAGACUCAUGGUGGCUUCGGAGGAGGCGGAGGAGCUUGCACCAGCGGGGGUGGAGGAGGUGGCUAUAGAGGUGGCAGCACUUCCGUAGACAAUGACCCUGAGCAGGAUGGAGAGGACGGAUCCUCCUUUAUCAGCCCAGAUGGAGAGAUAUACACAGAUGCACUUAAAGGCAUGGAGGGUGAUGGUGAGGUGAUCAUCAACCCAGUGCAGAACUGCAGUCACUGUGAGUCAGGAGAGUGCCACAAGACUUCAGAGGGAAUGGAAUGUUACUGUGAAAAUGAUCUCGUCCUCGCUGCAGACCGUGUCUCCUGUGUCAACUCUACAAACCAAGAUACAUCAUCAGUACUCCUUCAGCCCUCUCUCUCUCACCUGGCAUUGGGGCUCUCUGUAGGAACCUCAGCACUCAUUGCAGCUCUGUUGUUGGCAGUUUCUGGAGUCAUGAUCAUGUACAGACGCAAGCACACUGAGCUACAGUCCAUUCAGCUGGAGCUUCAGAGUCCAGACUGCAAGCUGAGCAAGCUGAGAGCCUCCACCAUCAUGACUGAUUACAAUCCCAACUACUGCUUCGCUGGAAAGACAGCCUCUUUUAAUGACCUGAAGGAAGUUCCACGCCGCAACAUCUCACUCACAAGGGGUUUGGGCCAUGGUGCCUUUGGAGAGGUUUAUGAGGGUCUCGCUGUGGGAAUACCAGGAGAGCCCAGUCCCAUGCAAGUAGCCGUCAAGACGCUUCCUGAGGUGUGCUCUGAGCAGGAUGAACUAGAUUUUUUGAUGGAAGCGCUCAUAAUCAGUAAGUUCAGCCAUCAGAACAUUGUCCGGUGUAUAGGAGUGAGUUUACAGGCUCUUCCUCGAUUCAUUCUGCUGGAGCUAAUGGCUGGAGGAGACCUCAAAACAUUUCUGAGGGAGACUAGACCCAGGCCGGAACCUCCUUCCAAUCUGACUAUGGUGGACCUUCUGAACAUAGCCAGAGACAUAGCACGUGGCUGCCAGUACCUAGAAGAGAAUCAGUUCAUUCACAGGGACAUUGCAGCGAGAAACUGCUUACUCACUUGUAAAGGUCCAGGAAGAGUGGCCAAAAUUGGAGACUUCGGCAUGGCCAGAGACAUCUACAGAGCCAGCUACUACAGGAAAGGAGGCCGUGCCAUGCUGCCAGUUAAAUGGAUGCCUCCAGAGGCCUUUUUGGAAGGAAUCUUUACCUCCAAAACUGAUACAUGGUCUUUUGGAGUGCUCCUGUGGGAAAUCUUCUCGAUGGGAUAUAUGCCGUACCCCAGCCGUAGUAAUCAGGAGGUUCUGGAUUUCGUCACUAAUGGAGGCAGAAUGGAUCCUCCAAAGAACUGCCCAGGACCAGUUUAUCGGAUAAUGACGCAGAGCUGGCAACACCAACCUGAAGACAGGCCAAACUUCUCCACUAUCCUAGAGCGGAUUGACUAUUGCUUGCAGGAUCCAGAUGUGGUAAACGUACCCUUACCUGUUGAGUAUGGCCCAAUGCCUGAGGAGGAAGAGCAAGUGCCCAUGCGUCCGGAUGAUCCUGCUGCACCCUCUUUACUAGCCGCCCCUCAGGGCACAGAGGAAACAUCAUCUUCCACCACUGUGACCCGCUCAGAGGAGGCCAAGAGAGCUGCUGAGGUUCUCCUGAUGAGUGCUUGUUCCUCUGACAAUAAACCUGUACCCAGUGCUGCCUCCCAGCUCCACUCUCAUCCACCAGUGUCCUCAGCAACUGCGCUGCCAGCCUGCAGCAAGCCCUCCUCUCUUGUCCCUGAUCCCCAGGAUGGAGGCCAUGUCAACCUGGGUUUUGCUCAGGCUCCUACAAGUGAGAAGGAUAACCGUAAUGGGAAGCCAACCAAUUUGUGGAACCCUACGUAUGGUUCGUGGUUCCUCCAGCAACAGCAAAAGAGGCAGCAGGCCCAGGCCCAAAGGCAGGCAGGAGGUCAAGGUCAUGAGCUCUCUGGCCGGACUGGGAGUAUGGCAGAAGCACUGGGCCUGCAGCACAAGCAACAGCAGAUCCAGCAGCAGCAGAAGAUACAGAUCCAGCAACAGCAGAAACUUCAACAGCAACAACAGCAGCUCCAGAUCCAGCAGCAGCAGAAGAUCCAGCAGCAGCAGAAAAUACAGCAACAACAACAAAUUCAAAUCCAUCAACAGGGGCAGUGCAGGCCUCUCUUGCCUCCUCCUCCCCAAACUGCCCCUGCCCCUCUUUUGCUGGAUUCAGCAGCCCUGCCCCCUGUACCACUUUACAGACUGCGCCGAUUCCCUUGCGGCAACAUUGGGUAUGGCUACCAGGAGCAGGGUCUGCCUUUGGAGUCAAUGUCUGGACCCCAGAAUGCCAUGCCACCUCCUGCUCUCGCCAACCAGCAGAGACCCAUCUCACUAGGCCGGACUGGCACAACUGAGGACAGCCGCCCCCUGCUGGUGACAAUGGGAACAGUUCAGGACUCCAGACUCCCUAAGAUGGAUGGGCACAAUGCCACAGUGCUUUAACCCUCCACCUUCUCCUCGCUCCCCAGACUCUUUUAUUCAGUGCCCGCUUGAAACACUGUGCCAUCCGUCCUUGCCCACUUCAGCUCACAACCACCAUGCAUCCCCUGUCCCUCACCAUGCUUCUCAGCCAGACAAACAUUCACUCCUCAUUACCAGCGACUUCUGGGAUGAGACUGACUGUUUUAAUAUCGAAAUCUUUAAGAAAUCAUGAGAUGGAGGGAGCACUGGGAGUUUUGUCGAGGUUACAGGUUGAGAGAUUCUGCUGGAGUUGCUCAUUAGAACUUGAAUACCUGCAAAAUGCCCUCAACAUUUCUCACAUUCACAGGGAAAAACAAGUUUGUUGAUGUUUGCUUGCCUGCUUGUUUAUUUAUUCAUCUGUUAAUUUAUUAUUUGGAGGCUGCGUAAAUUAUUAAUGGGUGUGCUUCAUAAGGCAAACUGCUCCACUCAUUUAUGCAUCAUUUUGUUCACUCUUGAAUUUGGUUGGCUUUUAAUCUCCAACAGUUUUCAUCUGACUUGAAAUUUAAUGAAUUAAAUGAAUCGUUAAUGGUUUCUGUUUAGCAGAUUGGUUGAUGUCAAAGGUGCCUGACAUCUGUUAGCAGGAAGGUAAUUGGUUGCCUUGGGAUUUGAAAAGGGGUUAAGUGGUCAAGGAAAUUGUCAUAUCUGUGAAUAAUUUUACUGUUGUAUGAACACUGCGAGGUUUUGUGUGACUCUUGUGAAAGAGAUGUAAAUUUGUGUAUUUAACUCAAAGAGGAAUUGAGGUACUGAUCUCUCUCAUUCCAUCUAUUUUCAGUUAACCUGUGGCUUCUGAAAGAAGCUUUUGUGUAUA